AUGGUCAAAUCAUCCCCAGCCGCGCUCGCCUCCUUAUGCGAGAGUAUCGAGGUCCGCCGAGUUGACGACGGCAUCUACGAAGCCGACCUGGCUCUCGAAUUCUGCGUUGGCACAGUCCCAAAUGGCGGCUAUGUAGCCUCCAUAUUCGCCAAAGUGGCCGAGGCCCAUCUCCUACCACGCAACCAGCCACACAUCAUCUCAGCCCACUGGACAUUCAUGGCCAAGACGAAAGCCGGACGAGCUCUUGUAAAGGUAUUAGAGUCCAAAAUCGGGAGGGCCACGUCCGUGUUGCAUGUAUCGCUUCAUCAGCAGGACAUUCUGCCUCAAAGUCCCUGGAUACCGGGCGAGUCGCCAGCGUGUGUGGCCGCUUACAUGACGAGCGGCAACCUCGACGAGGAAGCGGGCGUCACGUUGCCCACACAGUGGAAGCUCGAAUAUGAACCACCGGCCAUUGACCAUGAGCGUGCCGCCACGGAUGCCAACUGGGCAGAGUUGGAUAUACCAAUUCUGAAGAAAGUGCCGAUGCUCCACCAUCUCAAGUACUACAUUCGCCGCUCGGGUCAUGUCCUACCGACGACACACGACUAUUGGGUACACCUGACCAGCGGAGAGAACUUUACGCAGACAUCGCUAGGCUACCUCGCAGACACUGGGCCACCGUUGGUCGUCGAGGCGUUCCGGCCCCCGUCGACGACGGCGCCGAUUCCCGAGGGGGGGUUCACCUAUAGCAAGGGAUUCUGGUAUCCGACUCUGACCAUGACGCUCGACGUGCGUCGAAAGCUACCAGAGGAGGGCGCGAAGUGGCUCAGGCUCAGGGUGACGACCAAGGAGAUCCGGAACGGGCGGUACGAUGCAGAGGUUGUCAUGUUUGACAAGGACGGGCAGCUUGUUGCCUUGAGCAACCAUGUGUCAAUGGCGGUGGACAUUGAACGAAACUAUGGUGGGAGGAGGGUCAAGAUGUAG